GCCGCCCCGGGCAGGGCUGGCGGGGCAGAGGAUGCCGGGUGGCUAGCCCAGGACAUCUCCCCGGCGGGCUGGAGGGACGUGCAUGUGUGUCCCCAUGGAGAUCCGACGCGCUUUGCCCCAGGAUUUCCGGGAGCUGCUGCACUGCCUGAAGAUGAGGAGCAAGUACGCCGUCCUGCUGGUCUUCGUCGUCGGCCUCGUCAUCAUCGAGAAGGAGAACAACUUCAUCUCCAGGGUGUCGGACAAGCUGAAGCAGUCCCCGCAGGCGCUGGCGGAGGCCAACGGCACAGAGGCCAGCCCGGCGCCGGCCGAGAACGGCUCGCUGGCCUCGCUGCGAGAGCUGGACGCCGCCUUCUCCCAGCUGAGUUCCCACCUACGCAACAUCACCCUGCAGCUGGCGGGCGACGGGGACCCCGGGCCGCGGCGGCAUGUCCUGCUGAUGGCCACCACCCGCACCGGCUCCUCCUUCGUGGGGGAGUUCUUCAACCAGCAAGGCAGCAUCUUCUACCUCUUCGAGCCCCUCUGGCACAUCGAGAGGACGGUGACCUUCGAGCCGGGGGGAGCCAACGCGGUGGGCUCAGCCCUGGUCUACCGGGACGUCCUCAAGCAGCUCCUCCUCUGCGACCUCUACAUCUUGGAGAGCUUCAUCUUGCCGGCGCCCGAGGACCACCUGACGCCCUUCAUGUUUCGGCGGGGCUCGAGCCGCUCGCUCUGCGAGGAGCCCGUCUGCACGCCCAGCGCCAAGAAGGUCUUCGAGAAGUACCACUGCAAGAACCGCCGCUGCGGCCCCCUCAACAUCACCCUGGCCGCUGAGGCGUGCCGGCGCAAGCAGCACGUGGCCCUGAAGACGGUACGCAUCCGGCAGCUGGAGUUCCUGCAGCCGCUGGUGGAGGACCCUCGACUGGACGUGCGCAUCAUCCAGCUGGUGCGGGACCCCCGGGCCGUCCUGGCCUCCCGCAUGGUGGCCUUCUCCGGCAAGUACGAGACCUGGAAGAAGUGGGCGUCCGAAGGGGAGGCUCCCCUCCGCGAGGAGGAGGUACAGCGGCUGCGGGGCAACUGCGAGAGCAUCCGUCUGUCGGCCGAGCUGGGGCUGCGGCGGCCGGGCUGGCUGCGGGGUCGCUACAUGCUGGUACGCUACGAGGACGUGGCGCGGGCGCCCUUGCAGAAGGCGGAGGAGAUGUACCGCUUCGCCGGGCUCCCCCUCACCCCCCAGGUGGAGGAGUGGAUCGGCAAAAACACGCAGGCGUCCCGCGACGGCAGCGGCGUCUACUCCACCCGCAAGAACUCCUCCGAGCAGUUCGAGAAGUGGCGGUUCAGCAUCCCCUUCAAGCUGGCGCAGGUGGUGCAGGAUGCCUGCGCCCCGGCCAUGCGCCUCUUCGGCUACAAGCUGGCCAGCAGCCCCGCCGCGCUGGCUAACCGCUCCUUCAGCCUGCUGGAGGAGGCACAGCCCUCCUGGGUCACGUAACGGCGGG